GAGGCGGGGGAUUGGUAUGCGAGCGAAUGUGCGAGGGGAGGGAGGCGUCCCGGCGGAGCGUGGUACUACGACCAGCGCCGGCCGGAGGGGGCGGGGGGAUGCGCCGCGGCGGCGGCGGCGGUGGCGGUGGCGGCGGCGGCGGCGCGGGCGCUGGGGCUGGUGUUUGGCGGCGCCAGAGCAGCGGAUCCCGGUCUUGCCGCAGCAGCAGCGCGGGUGUCGUGCACCGCCUGAAGACGCCGUACCUUUCUACCCCCCACUUUUUUUUUUAAAUAACCGGAACCAAUGAACGCAGCCGGGAUCAGAGCUCCGGAGGCCGCCGGUGCCGACGGGACCAGGCUGGUGCCCGGCGGGAUUCCGCGACUGAGGCGGCGGGGGCGGCCGGAGGAGUCGCCGGUGGCGGUGGCGGCGCUUCGAGGAGCGGGCGAGAGGCGUGCGGCCGGGGCGCAGCUGCGCUUUCACCCGGCUCCUCCUCGGCGCCCUCAUCCCGCCUCGACUCCCGGCCCAGCCUGGGGCUGGCUGCGGCGGCGGCGCUGGGCUGCGUUGCUGGUGCUCGGGCUGCUGGUAGCCGGAGCGGCGGACGGAUGCGAGCUUGUACCCCGGCACCUCCGCGGACGGCGGGCGACAGGCUCUUCCACAACUGCCGCCUCUUCUCCCGCCGCGGCGGCCGGCGAUAGCCCAGCGCUCACGACAGAUCCUUGCAUGUCACUGAGUCCACCAUGCUUUACAGAAGAAGACAGAUUUAGUCUGGAAGCUCUUCAAACAAUACAUAAACAAAUGGAUGAUGACAAAGAUGGUGGAAUUGAAGUAGAGGAAAGUGAUGAAUUCAUCAGAGAAGAUAUGAAAUAUAAAGAUGCUACUAAUAAACACAGCCAUCUGCACAGAGAAGAUAAACAUAUAACAAUUGAGGAUUUGUGGAAACGAUGGAAAACAUCAGAAGUUCAUAAUUGGACCCUUGAAGACACUCUUCAGUGGUUGAUAGAGUUUGUUGAACUACCCCAAUAUGAGAAGAAUUUUAGAGACAACAAUGUCAAAGGAACGACACUUCCCAGGAUAGCAGUGCACGAACCUUCAUUUAUGAUCUCCCAGUUGAAAAUCAGUGACCGGAGUCACAGACAGAAACUUCAGCUCAAGGCAUUGGAUGUGGUUUUGUUUGGACCUCUAACACGCCCACCUCAUAACUGGAUGAAAGAUUUUAUCCUCACAGUUUCUAUAGUAAUUGGUGUUGGAGGGUGCUGGUUUGCUUAUACGCAGAAUAAGACAUCAAAAGAACAUGUUGCAAAAAUGAUGAAAGAUUUAGAGAGCCUACAAACUGCAGAGCAAAGUCUAAUGGACUUACAAGAGAGGCUUGAAAAGGCACAGGAAGAAAACAGAAAUGUUGCUGUAGAAAAGCAAAAUUUAGAGCGCAAAAUGAUGGAUGAAAUCAAUUACGCAAAGGAGGAGGCUUGUCGGCUGAGAGAGCUAAGGGAGGGAGCUGAAUGUGAAUUGAGUAGACGUCAGUAUGCAGAACAGGAAUUGGAACAGGUUCGCAUGGCUCUGAAAAAGGCCGAAAAAGAAUUUGAACUGAGAAGCAGCUGGUCUGUUCCAGAUGCACUUCAGAAAUGGCUUCAGUUAACACAUGAAGUUGAAGUGCAAUACUACAAUAUUAAAAGACAAAACGCUGAAAUGCAGCUAGCUAUUGCUAAAGAUGAGGUUGCUGCUUCAUAUCUGAUUCAGGCAGAAAAAAUUAAAAAGAAGAGAAGCACAGUCUUUGGGACUCUGCACGUUGCACACAGCUCCUCCCUAGAUGAGGUAGACCACAAAAUUCUGGAAGCAAAGAAAUCUCUCUCUGAGUUGACAACUUGUUUACGAGAACGACUUUUUCGCUGGCAACAAAUUGAGAAGAUCUGUGGCUUUCAGAUAGCCCAUAACUCAGGACUCCCCAGCCUGACCUCUUCCCUUUAUUCUGAUCACAGCUGGGUGGUGAUGCCCAGAGUCUCCAUUCCACCCUAUCCAAUUGCUGGAGGAGUUGAUGACUUAGAUGAAGACACACCCCCAAUAGUGUCACAAUUUCCUGGGACCAUGGCUAAACCUCCUGGAUCAUUAGCCAGAAGCAGCAGCCUGUGCCGCUCGCGCCGCAGCAUCGUGCCGUCCUCGCCUCAGCCUCAGCGAGCUCAGCUUGCUCCACACGCCCCCCACCCAUCACACCCCCGGCACCCUCACCACCCCCAGCACACGCCGCACUCCUUGCCUUCCCCUGAUCCAGAUAUCCUCUCAGUGUCAAGUUGCCCUGCGCUUUAUCGAAAUGAAGAGGAGGAAGAGGCCAUUUACUUCUCUGCUGAAAAGCAAUGGGAAGUGCCAGACACAGCUUCAGAAUGUGACUCCUUAAAUUCUUCCAUUGGAAGGAAACAGUCUCCUCCUUUAAGCCUCGAGAUAUACCAAACAUUAUCUCCUCGAAAGAUAUCAAGAGAUGAGGUGUCCCUAGAGGACUCCUCCCGAGGGGAUUCGCCUGUAACUGCGGAUGUGUCUUGGGGUUCUCCCGACUGUGUAGGUCUGACAGAAACUAAGAGUAUGAUCUUCAGUCCUGCAAGCAAAGUGUACAAUGGAAUUUUGGAGAAAUCCUGUAGCAUGAACCAGCUUUCCAGUGGCAUCCCGGUGCCUAAACCUCGCCACACAUCGUGUUCCUCAGCUGGCAAUGACAGUAAACCAGUUCAGGAAGCCCCAAGUGUUGCCAGAAUAAGCAGCAUCCCACAUGACCUUUGUCAUAAUGGAGAGAAAAGCAAAAAGUCAUCAAAAAUCAAAAGCCUUUUUAAGAAGAAAUCUAAGUGAACUGGCUGACUUGAUGGAAUCCCAUUCAAAUGGCAUCUGUAAACUAUUAUUCCCCGCCCUCCACUCCCCACUUUUUUUUGGGUUUCUUUUAAUUUUAGGAAUGUAACUCCAUCGGGGCUUUCCAGGCCAGAUGCCAGAGUGGAACGUCCAGGAGGGCGACUGUCUACUGUCUGCUUAUUUAAGUGACUAUAUAUAAUCAAUUCAUCAAGCCAGUUAUUACCGAAAAAUCAUUGAAAUGAGACAGUUUACAGUCAUUUCUGCCUAUUUAUUUCUGCUUUGUUAUUAGUGAUGUAUAUACAACAUUUUGUUGAAAGCCACUAUGGACUUACAAGCUUUAAUGGACUCGUAAGCCAGCAUGGGCUUGCAAAAAUUUUCUUGUUUACCAGAGCAUCUUCUUAUCUUUCCACAGAGCUAUUUACAUCCUGGACUAAAUAACUUAUAAGAAGUAAAACUAAUUGCACUACUGUUUUCCAGACUGGAAAAAAAAAAAAAAUCUCUGCGAGUGAAACUGUGUAGAGUUUAUAAAAUGACUAUGGAUAGGGGACUGUUUUCACUUUUAGAUCAAAAUGGGUUUUUAAGUAGAACCUAGGGUUUCUAAUUGACUUGAUUUCUGGAAAUGAAAACCCACGCUUUUACUAUGGGAAGCUUCUUUAACUGCUUUUACUAUUGUGAAGUUUCAAGUCCCGCUGUAAAGAUCAUGUUUUGUUUUCCCCAGGGCUUUCACUGUGAUUUACUGCAUUGCAGGCUGUAUGAUAAAAUAUACAUAAUUUAAAGAGAGAAGGCUCUUGAUUCCUUAUGCAAGUGGAAGAGUUGAAACUUGAUUGAAGGACUUAAAACAUUCAUAACCUUAAGCCGAGGUGGGGGGAUAUGGGGAUUCAGGCAAUUGUUUACACACUUUGAAUAACCGCAAAGGAUUUAUGGUUUGUGAAAAAUGUGUACUGUGGAAAAGAUAAUAAAUUGGAGACAUUAUUGUGUGGGAUUGUCCUGAUUUUUGUUGAUAACACUCCACAAAAAACACUAUGUUUUCUGGAGAGCUGUGUAAGCUGUCUUGUUGCUUAAUUGCAAUAUAAGAAAUAGUGAUGUUUUGGACGUAAGUUGUCAACAAAUUUCUAUUUUAUAUUGUUUGUCCUAUUUUUAUGUAGUUUGAAAUGUAUAAAUGUUCUAAUAUCAAGAUUAACAAAUAUAAAUUUAUGGUGCAUUUA